AUGCCACAACAUUUGUGCUACGAACGAAGAAUGCAGCGGACAAGACAGCCAUGUCGACAGCUCAACAGCGAGGGCAUCAAGAGCACGGCCUUGUGCUAUCUAACGCCGGUAAUAAGUGGAAGGUGUAGUAUUAUCAGCGCUAAAUGUCUUUGUAGAGUGAAGGAUAAGGCCUUGCCAAAGGCCUGGGCAACAGUUUGUGGAAAGCGAGAUGUGUGCGAUCGUUUAAAGAACAUUUUAGUGCAAAAGUUUGACGCAUUUUUAUCUUUCCAAUACUGCAGGUAUCCACAACGUAGCAUUUUUCUUUAGUGCUAUAGGCAGCCAAGAGAAAAAAAAAGGCAGUAUCAAUGAGAACACAGACGAGGAGAGUAGUUCUGAAGAUGAGAUUCCCAGCUCGUUUUCUCAACAAUGGCUCGAAGGCAAUUUAACGAACGUAAACAAAUCACUCUGCUCUGCGAUUGCUUACUGGGUCGCGUUGACGACAGUAAACGGUGCGCCCGCCAGCCCAAUUUCUGUGCAUAAAACCCUGUUAAAUUCAGGACUGGAAGUCACAGCAACACAGGUAAUUAAAUUAUUUUCUUACUUUUUGAUAACCCAAGCAUUCCCUUAGCCGUGAACAAAGUAUUCAGCAUCUCUUGAUUCAUCUAUUUCUUUGCUAACAUUUAAGAUUUUUUCUCUUCUCAGUUGCUUUGAAAGAAAACCUAACAAAAACGACUGUACUUUUUUUCUUGUGACACUGCCAUUAUCAACUUGAAUUUUUUAUUUCGGAAUGAUUUUUGUCGUAACAGAAGUAAUUCUACUGUAAUUUGAACUCAGUUUUCAAUUGUUUCCGUUUUUUUUCUAAUUGAAAAAGUGCUUGUCCCGCGGACAAGUCAUGUCAAAGGUUUACAUGUGCAAAAUGAAUUUCUACCUGUCCCGGACAAUCGGACAUAGGUUUUGGUGCACCCCGAAUUCCUUGUUAAUAAUAGUAAUGAUGAUAAUGACAAUAAUAAAAGAUACAAGCGGUCAGUCAGUGAAGAAAGAGGAAAAGUAGAACCGUGUUGGGUAAAAUGCUUCAAUUUUAUAUGCAGUUUCAAGAGGGAAAAGAAUCCCCAGCCACAGCAGAACUUUACAAAGUGUUGAAAGAUCACAAAAAUCCUUUUAUGCAAGACCUCGUUAGCUUGUCCUUCAAACACUGUUACCAAGACGAAGCGAGAAAGGUGAUCGGCGAUGAUGGCUUAUGCACCCAGGAGUUGGACGACUGCGGAACUGAAAAUGUGGUGAGAGUGACCCUGGUUAACCCGAAAUUUCACACGUCCUUACUGAGUGCAGUCGAACUUCUGACCGCAGCUGAGCUACAAUUAGACAAAUUUGGCUUCGAGUCCAGCACGACAACGUCUCAAGCUUCCACCAGUCAGCUAUCCAUGACGUGCGAUGAGGAUAAGAUGCUGUCGGCGGAUAAACUUGCAAUCCUCGUUAACGAUAUACCGGUCGCCAUGGGAAAACUGGGCUAUCCAAGCUACCGGGGCAAAGUCUAUAAGAAGAAUGACCAAGCCAGAUACAAGACAAGAGGCGAGGCAAGAGCUUUCGUCAACACCCUCGCCACCAACGAGUUCUUCAAGGCAAGACUUCUUCGCGAGAUGAAGAGAGUGAUCGACCAGUUAUCCGAUCCAUUCUGCGAACUUUUUUCGCCGUUAAUAAUCAACUACGACCUCACUGAGGUAAAAGACGGCCGCUGUUGGUCCAUCAGCCGGCGGGACUUUGUUGAAGAUGCCAUCGAGGAGCAACAGGUGGGAAAGAUCUCGCCGAGAGAAUUCUGUUCCUUCGACUCUGCAAGAGAUCCUGAUCCAAAGUACUUUCGAGAAGUCUUAGAGAACAGCCUAAGCACGCAGGAGGUGGCGAAGUUCUGUGACGAUUUCCUAAAGCUGCUUCUCUACAAUAAAAAACAGCACAAAGACAAGGUGCCGUGUUUGGUAGGCGAUGCCAACAAUGGAAAGACGACUUUGUUCAUGCCCAUUCUAGGCCUCAUCCAUCACGGCAACGUGGCCACGGUGACAAAGCAGAAAGCAUUCAAUAAAUCAAUGAUAACGCCCUUCACUGAAGGGAUAUUCAUCGACGAAGCCACCGAACGCACGCUUGAUUUUGACGAUUGGAAGAUCCUGACUCAGGGUGGGUAUGCCGCCCACGACAUGAAAUAUCAAAGUGCCCGGGCAUUCAUCAACCGCUGCCCCAUGCUGAUCACCUCACAAAGAAAGCUUGCGUUUGGUCCCGCCGAUCAGCCUGCGAUGGAGCGGAGGCUAAGAACCUACACCUUCAGAAGCCUUCCCCGGCAAAAAAAGAAGGCGUCCAACUGGAUGGGAACGCAUCCCAUGGAUUACGUCCUAUGGGCAGUGCAAAAGGCAGAAGGGGCUGAGAACUAG